UACACACACCAACACACAAACACACACACACACACAUACAAACAUACAUAAACACUUGAACAAUCUCUCGACUCGAUUGUUUGCAGCUCUCGUUCUCGCAACACUCUCGCUGUUUGUGUAUAUUCGCUCACUAUCUCUGUCUCUGUCUGAAAAAGGGCCAGCAGCAAGCAAGCAGCAGCAGCAGCAGCAGACACGCGAUAGCAGCAACAAAACAACAUUAAAAAUCAUUUGCCUGAUUAUUUAGACAACAGCAGUACGUUCAUACAUACAAUAAAGUAAUCUAAAUAAUAAAGCAUAAUUGUAUAAAAAGUGCCAGUGCUACUACAACAACGUGUGCGGUUUGCAAACCUGUCAAACAACAACAACAAUAACUACAGCGGCAGCAACAACAAAAACGACAACAACAACAACAAGUUAAGCUGAAUCCACAAACACACAGUAAACGAGAAAAUUCAAGCAGAAAAUUCAUCAUACUGCGAAAUCUUAAGUGCAAUAAAGAAACGUCAAGAGCGAUUCCAAAAGUGUAUGAAAAAAAAUCAAAUCUAAAAAUAGAAAGCAAACAAAACGCAACAUUCGAGUAAAUAUAACAAUAUUUACAACACUGUAAAAAUAUACAACAAAAAGAAAGAAAAAGAGAAGUUCUAAAAAAUCUUCAGCUCGCGCGCGCUUUUUUCCUCCCACUCACACCCGUGUGCGUCCUCGUGCUCUCAUUUGUUGUUUACGUUAAACGUCGCUUGUGCUCUGUAGGAAGAGAGAGAGAGACAGAGAGUAGAGUGGGUGUAAAUCUCACACAUUUAAGAAACGUGCAAAUUUCUCCAACAUACAUUUGGGAAGGGCUACGCGCCAAAUCGCCAAGAUUUUUUCACAAAACAGUUUGCUUAGCUCGGAGGCUAUAUACCCAUUCAACACCACGGCGACCACAAUGCCAUAUAACGGUGCUAGUAACGGGAGUGGUGGUGUCGGUGGAUCAGUCGCUGGCAGCAGUGUCGGUGGCAGCGGUGCCACCAUCGUCGUCAGCGAAGGACCACAAAAUAAAAAGAUACGCACUGGCGUCCAGCCAGGCGAGAAUGAUGUCAAUAUGCAUGCUAGGUCCACACAAAAUCAGAGUCAGCAGCAAGCACUUAUGAACAAGUCAAAUGACGACCUAAGGAGAAAGCGUCCUGAGACUACACGGCCAAAUCACAUUCUACUCUUCACUAUCAUAAAUCCCUUCUAUCCCAUCACAGUUGAUGUCUUGCAUAAAAUCUGCAAUCCACAUGGACAAGUGCUGCGCAUUGUUAUUUUCAAAAAGAAUGGCGUACAGGCCAUGGUCGAGUUCGAUAGCCUGGAUGCGGCCACACGUGCACGUGAGAAUCUCAAUGGCGCCGAUAUCUACGCUGGCUGUUGCACUCUCAAAAUUGAUUUUGCCAAGCCAGAGAAAUUGAAUGUGUACAAGAAUGAAACAGAUACCAGCUGGGAUUAUACCCUGAGCACAGUUAAGGAGAUUGGAAAUGGUCGCUCACCAUUACUGCAGGAGCCUCUUUACGUUGCAACAAUACAAACGCAACAACAUGCACCAACACAUCGCAACCACCACCACCACCAACAACAACAACACCACAACAACCACCACCACCACCACCAACAACAACAACAACACCAUCACCAUCAACAACAACAACAACAACAACUUGUUGCUACAGCUCAAACGCACAAUCUUGUUACAUUUAAAGAGCCUCCACUUUUGGGACCAGGCGCCGGCUUUCCGCCAUUUGGCGCACCCGAAUAUCAUCCCACCCAGCCGGAUAACUGGAAGGGCGCCUCUAUACAUCCAACUGGCCUCAUGAAGGAACCCACCGGCGUUGUGGCCGGACGCAAUGCGCCAGUCGCCUUCGCUCAGCAAGGUCAAGCCCAGGGUGCUGUCAUGAUGGUCUAUGGCAUGGACCAUGACACUUCCAACACAGAUAAGCUCUUCAAUUUGGUUUGCCUCUAUGGCAAUGUUGCACGGAUCAAGUUCUUGAAGACAAAGGAAGGCACUGCCAUGGUACAAAUGGGCGAUUCAGUGGCCGUUGAACGUUGCGUGCAACAUUUGAAUAACAUUCCCGUUGGCAGCGGCGGCAAAAUACAGAUUGCAUUCUCGAAGCAAAACUUUUUAUCGGAGGUCAUAAAUCCAUUCUUGCUGCCGGAUCAUACACCCAGUUUCAAGGAGUACACCGGUUCCAAAAAUAACCGUUUCCUAUCACCGGCACAGGCCAGCAAGAAUCGCAUUCAACCACCGAGCAAAAUCUUGCACUUCUUCAACACACCGCCUGGUCUGACCGAAGAUCAGCUGAUUGGCAUAUUUAACAUUAAGGAUGUGCCCGCUACAUCGGUGCGUCUAUUCCCACUGAAGACGGAGCGUUCAUCAUCCGGCCUGAUCGAGUUCCCCAACAUCUCGCAAGCUGUCCUGGCCAUCAUGAAGUGCAACCAUCUGCCUAUUGAGGGUAAAGGCACCAAAUUUCCAUUUAUCAUGAAGCUGUGCUUCUCCUCGUCGAAGAGCAUGAACGGCGCCUGGAAUAAUGCGGCCAAUGAGGGCAUGAUCGAGAAGGAGAACGAUGGCGAUGUCAAGGUGGAGAUUUACAAUUGAGAUUUGAUUACCAUUGUGUAAAGCAACCAGCCAGCUAUGCAACACACAAUAAGAAAAUAAACAAAUAAAGCUACAACAAGUAAACCAAAAUAACAACAACAACAACAGGAUGGUGAGC